GUGGCCACUACAGGAACUGCAGAGGCUGUGGACAACCGCCUCGCGUCGGCCACUGGCUCCAUAUGCUUCCCAAAACAAGGCGUAACAAAGCGAUGGGAACUUCAGCCGACGCGCUGCUGGGAGUCUAAACACACAAGGAACCAAGCGAGUUUUAUCGGACCCAGAAAACAACGCUGCCUUCCACGGCGCCGGGCAGCUUGUCAACUCCGGAGCCGCGGCGAUGGACCCGAGAGACGCGGCCCCUGAAUCGUGGGAGCUGGAGGAGGAUGCCGAGGCCCCAGCGGCCGCGGCGGGGCUCCACACCGCCUUCGCCGCCCUCAACGUGAACGCCAAGCCGUUUGUCCCCAACGUGAACGCCCCGGUGUUCGUCCCGAGCUUCCUCCAGAGCAGCGCCGCGGAAACCCCGGCCUCGGGCGGUGCUUCAGCUCCAGUUUCCAGCAUGGAGGUGGCAGAAACAGUUGCUCCAGUGGAGAACGGAGGCACGGAGGCGGAUAUGACCACAGAAGAAGAGACGUGGGAGCAGAAGGAGGAGCCGGGAGGAGGAGGAGGGGGCGGAGGAGGUGGAGGGCAGGAGGCCCCGGGGGCAGGAGGAGGCUGUGAGGAGAGAGCUGGCAGGAAGGAGGAUGAGGAGAUGAUGGAGGAGGAAGAGGAGGAGAUGCCCAUGCCCAAAGUUGCCCCGGCCCAGCCGGACGCCCCCAAGAAGGAGCAUGUCAAUGUCGUCUUCAUCGGUCACGUGGAUGCUGGCAAAUCAACUAUUGGAGGACAGAUCAUGUACUUGACUGGCAUGGUGGAGAAAAGAACCCUGGAAAAAUACGAGCGAGAAGCAAAAGAAAAGAACAGAGAGACAUGGUACCUGUCAUGGGCUCUGGACACAAACCAGGAGGAGAGGGACAAGGGGAAGACGGUGGAGGUUGGGAGAGCGUACUUCGAGACAGAGAAAAAACACUUCACCAUCCUGGACGCCCCGGGACACAAGAGCUUCGUCCCCAACAUGAUCGGCGGGGCGUCACAAGCUGAUCUGGCAGUGCUGGUGAUUUCAGCCAGGAAGGGCGAGUUUGAGACCGGCUUUGAAAAGGGCGGGCAGACGCGGGAGCACGCCAUGCUGGCCAAAACCGCAGGAGUCAAACAUCUUAUCGUCCUAGUCAACAAGAUGGACGACCCCACCGUCAACUGGAGCCUGGAGAGGUAUGAGGAGUGUAAGGAGAAGCUGGUGCCAUUUUUGAAGAAGGUGGGCUUCAACCCCAAGAAGGACAUCCACUUCAUGCCUUGUUCCGGACUCACGGGCGCCAACCUCAAAGACCCUGUACCCGAGUGCCCCUGGUACACAGGUUUGCCAUUUAUUCCCCACCUGGACAGUUUGCCAAACUUCACCAGAUCCACUGAUGGACCAGUCAGACUACCCAUCGUAGACAAAUACAAGGACAUGGGCACAGUGAUCCUGGGGAAGCUGGAGUCAGGAUCCAUCAGUAAAGCCCAGCAGCUCGUCAUGAUGCCAAACAGGCACACGGUGGAGGUGCUGAGCCUGCUGAGCGAUGACGUGGAGACGGACGAUGCUGCUCCCGGCGAGAACCUGAAACUGAGGCUGAAGGGCAUCGAGGAAGAGGAGAUCCUGCCCGGCUUCAUCCUCUGCAACCCCGAGAACCUCUGCCACUCUGGGCGCACCUUCGACGCACAGAUUGUCAUCAUUGAGCACAAAUCAAUCAUCUGUCCUGGUUACAAUGCAGUCCUUCACAUCCACACCUGCAUUGAAGAAGUGCAAAUCACAGCCUUAAUCUGUCUGGUGGACAAGAAGACGGGGGAGAAAAGCAAAACACGACCACGCUUUGUGAAGCAGGACCAGGUGUGCAUCGCCAGGCUCCGGGCAGCAGGAACCAUCUGCCUCGAGACCUUCAAAGACUUCCCUCAGAUGGGCCGAUUCACACUGCGAGAUGAAGGCAAAACCAUCGCCAUCGGCAAAGUGCUGAAGCUGGUGCCAGAAAAGGACUAAAUACAACAGUGGCAGCAUGCAUGGAGAUCUUCCACUUUUUAACCAGAGGAGAACGCUGCUAGAGCCGACCCAAACAGCUACUCUCUCUUUACACACAACUAUGCUGAAGAAGAAGAAGAGGAAGAGGAGGAGAUAAAGAGCAAACCAACAACAACAACAACAACAACAAUAUGGAGGAGAGAAGGAGAAUAAGUCAAGUCAAAUGAAGAAAACAAGACUGAAUCAGUUAUUAUGAUGAACAAUAUCAAAUGAGAGGCAAAGCACAGUGUGUCAGCUUUCUCAUAUUGAGAGCUCAGCUAUGCCGCUAAUGUAGCCACAUAUCCCCCUUCUCUGCUCCCGGGCUAACCGCUGCUGCAGCUGCCGGCUGGACACAUUUUGUUUCUGGACGUGAGGGACGAGGGAUGCAGUGUUACUCAGUGUGUCGGGGGGACAAACAUAUACAUAAACAUGAACAUAUACAGACCAAUUUCAUAUCAUGUUGAAGGCAGACUAUGCAGUUUCAAAGGGGAGGGCACCGGGGUCACCAGAGGCUCCAACGAUACGAUAAUAUCACGACGUGUAAGUCACGAUGUGAUAGUACUGCAAUUUUAAACAUUAUGCAGUAUUGCGAUAACAUGCAUUGUGAUAUAUUGCGGUGUAUUACCUUUUUUCAAAUGCAAAUGAUGACCCUGAAAGAAAACUUUGUCAAUGUGUUUUAUUGAAUAAGAUAAGAUAAUAAGAUAAUAAGGUUUAAUUCUGAUCAUCUCACUUGAGUCAUUUUCACUGCAGCAAACUAGGACCGCCUGACAACCUGUCAUAAAAACCUGUCCUGAAUGUUCAUUCUCGGCAAAACAAUAAUGAUACCUGACAUACAAUAUCGCCACACAAAAUAUCACGGUACCAUGCUGUAUCAUGAUUUCCCCCUUCUCUAAAGCACAUCUUGCUUCGUUAUGAUGCAGUUUGCGGAUUUUGCAAAGGCACCAUUGCUGCAUGCUGGGCCCAGCGCCGCCCCAGACGACUGUGAUCGGUUUAAAGACACACAAACAAACCAGAGCGCCGUUUGUCUUCCUCCUAGCAGAAUGAUAAAGAGUCCAGCCCGACGUUUCUCACUAAAACAAAGUGUGGCGAUAAAUCUGGCUGUAAUGUAGGUUUGCACGGUGUGGACAAAACUUCAUACCUCGAUAUUUUGGCCAGAUCUUGAUAGCGAUACGAUACACGGUUUGACUAAUUUGAAAUUUUGAGUGUAGCAACAGUGACAAAUAAGCACUCUUCAACAAACAGCAUAAUAACACCCUAACCCUUUAAUAUCGUCCAUAUGGUUGCCUUUUUAGACAUUAAUAUCACACAUGUUGUGGUAAAGAACAAUGACAGCCACUCAAUUCUCAAGAGAACAGAGUUUAGAAACGCAGUUCAAGACGGCUCUUUUAUCCCAGACGUUUGACCUGAAGUGUGACGUUAAUUCUUUGGAUUAUUAGUCUUGGCGUGAAUCUGGGGGGUUUUAACCUUCCUUCUCAAAGUGAUGUGCCCUCCCGUUUGAAACUGCACAGUCUGCCUCUACAGACCAGAGUUAGCCUGUGAUUAUGGAAAGUACAUCACCCUUUUAAAGAAUGAUACUAAGAGUUCAACAGACAUUUUAUUUGAUUUUUAAGGAUUGCUGUACCAAAAUUUUUUGUUUGGUCUCUGUCCACAUAUUUGAGAUGGGUUUUAAUUGGAUUGAGCUCACACAUAACUGAUCAACCAAGGAUACACACAUGGGAACACAAUCAUACACACACAAAUACACACACAUACACAUGCACACACACACACACACACACACACACACACACAAUACUGUUACAUAAUAUGAGAUGAAAAUAAACGAUCAAGAUGAAUAAGGAAA